AUGUCCGGUAUUCUAAUCUCGCUCGACCCUGACCUCGCGCUGCUAUUUCUGCGAACCUUCUGGAAGACGAUGCGACGGGAAUGGGGAGGAAUCGACUACCAUCGCCUGGAUAAAUUCUAUAUGCUCGUCCGCCUGGUCAUGCGAAACAUUCUCGAGUAUCUGGAGAAACGGGAGUGGGAGGAAGAGGUGGUUUCGGAUCUUGCUGCGUGCGUCAUGCAACAGGGGCUUCUUGCUAAGGACAAGUAUCGGGCUAUCGGUCUCGAACUGCAUUUACUGGAUAUUUUCAACGAGCUCUUUAAAAAGUCUGGAGGGGGUGACGUCAGAGUGGUGAAGGCUGUUCUGCAAUUUUCGAAGCCAGUGGUGGGUGUGAUUCAAACGAAGGAGGACGGACGAUUGCACAAGCGGGCACUGAGUUCCGUGUUUUCGGGGCUGGCGGAAUAUCUACGCAACGAAGCGAAGGCAAACGCGAGCGAAGCUUCGUACGUCGCUGCGCUUCAAGAGGCGGCGGCCGAGAUGUCCGCUGAUAUCAAAGCAGCGCACGGCACGGCGAAAGGGAAAAAGAAAAGCAUGCUUCGGAAAGGACAGGCGAUUUUCACGGCGCUGAUAAACGAAUUGUCUGGGAGUGAUCCUGCUGAAGAAGGGGAAAAUGGGGAAGAGGAAGAUGGAGAUGAUAUGCAGGGUUUAGAAGAAGACGGCGCUGCUGGCGGAAAGGACGACCCUGGUGAUGGUGAGGGAGAAGAGAUGGAAGAAGGGGAAGAGGAGGAGGGAGAAGCAGGGGGACAGGGUUCAGGGGAGGGUUCAGGGGACGAGGAGGAUGGGGAAGAGGAGGACGGGGAAGAGGAGGACGGGGAAGCGGAGGGCGGGGAAGAGGAGGACGGAGAAGAGGAGGAUGGGGAAGAGGAGGACGCGGAAGAGGAGGACGCGGAAGCGGAGGACGCGGAAGCGGAGGAUGGGGAAGAGGAGGAUGGGGAAGAGGAGGACGGGGAAGCUAAUGCGGAGCAGCAGAAUGGCGUGAAGGAGGAAGUUUGUGGUGGGGAGCAUGAUGACGAGAAAGCAGAAGCUGCUGAAGUGAAACUUAGUGAGCAAUCAGGAAAGAAACAGCACGGGGAGAAGCAGCAGGACUCAACCGCCAAGCGCAAGAGGCAGCAGCAGCAGCAGCAGCAGCAGGAGCCACAGCAGGGCAGUGGUCCGGGCAAGAAACGCAAGGGAAAGAAGGAUGCCGUGGCAAAGGGAGCAGAGAGUGCCGAGAGGAAGGAGCAGCAGACGGUGCAGGGACAAGCAGCCGUAGACUCGUCAUCAUCAGCAGCUGCAGACCCUAUCCCCACUGCUGCAACAGCUACCCUACGAUCAGAUCUUGCCACAGGUGCUGGGAGCGUGGGUGCUCGGAUCAUGGCUGCAGGCGAAUCCGCCGCUGCUGCUGCCGCAGCAGGAAGCGAGGCAGGAGGUCCGGUGACCCGAUCCAAGGACGGGAGAACAGACGCCGAAGCAGUCGGCGUGCAGUCAGCUCCGGCGGGCAAGGCCGGUGGCGCUGCAGGCAGGCGGAAGAAAAAGGUGAAAUUCGUUCUAAGCCGCAAUCUGGAGAUGGCAAAGGGAGGUCCGGUGCCCCCUCCUGCUGUGCGCACACCACCUGCUUCCCGCCCCAAAGGCAGUGCACUCAAGCCCGGGACUAAGCCGGGGCCAAUCAACAUGCGCAUGCUCAUGGCUACUGCAGACACGAGCCCCUCGCAGAUGACUGCCUCUGGGCGGAAGAAGGUGGAUAAAGCUGCCCGCUCGCCUGCCAAGUCCCCUUCUGCUGUGUCGCUGCGCCUGGUUAAUUUCCUGAAUUGCCCACGCUCUCCCACGUUAACCACACAUCCCCUCGUCGCAAUUGCUAGUAGUAAACAUACCGCGCUUCAGAUCGUCACCCGCGCUCCCCUCAUCACCCUCGUCGACCCACACCGAUCCUCGCCGCCCUCACCUCCCUUGGUCACCGAACAUUCCCUCUCGUCGCUCGCACUUCCCCUCAUCACCCGUGCCGACCCUCGCCGCCCUCGCCUCCCCUCGUCGCCCGCACGUCCCGUCGUCGGGCUUGCCUCCCAGUCACUCGCGCUUCCCCUCGUCAUCCGCGUUUCUUCCGCUCUUCCCCUCUCCCCAUCUCACCAUCUCCAGCCCAUCCUUCCUCCCUCAUUCCUUCCGAAGGGGUGGGACAGAUGGGGAGGAACAGAUGGGGAGAAACAGAGGUGGUCGCUUCCGCCACCACAAUCGAACAGCGUUUUGAUUCCCUCUCUGCUCCCCACCAUCCUCCCCCCAGCUCUCUCCCCGGCAUCUGCCCCCGUUACCCCCAUCCUCUUCCCUGUUUCCCCGUAUCCCCUGCCGUGCUUCCCCCCAUCCUAUCCCCUCUUACCCCGUAUCCCCUGCCCUGCUUCCCCCCAUCCCCUGCCCUGCCUUCCCCCAUCCCCUUCCCUGCUUCCCCCCAUCCCCUUCCCUACUUCCCCCCAUCCCCUUCCCUGCUUCCCCUCAUCCCCUUCCCUGCUUCCCCUCGUCCCCUCCCCUGCUUUCCCCCAUCCCCUUCCCUGCUUCCCUCCAUCCCCUUCCCUGCUUUCCCCCAUCCCCUGCCCUGCUUCCCCCCAUCCCCCUCCCUGCUUCCCCCCAUCCCCUUCCCUGCUUCCCCCCUUCCCUUUCCCUGCUUCACCCCAUCCCCUCCCCUGCUUCCCCCCAUCCCGUCCCGUGCUUCCCCCCAUCCCCUUCCCUGCUUCCCCCCAUCCCCUUCCCUGCUUCACCCCAUCCCCUUCCCUGCUUCCCCCCAUCCCCUUCCCUGCUUCCCCCCAUCCCCUUCCCUGCUUCACCCCAUCCCCUUCCCUGCUUCCCCCCAUCCCCUCCCCUGCUUCCCCCCAUACCCCUCCCUGUUUCCCCCCAUCCCCUUCCCUUCUUCCCCCCAUCCCCUCCCCUGCUUCCUCCCAUCCCCUUCCCUGCUUCACCCCAUCCCCUUCCCUGCUUCCCCCCAUCCCCUUCCCUGCUUCCCCUCGUCCCCUCCCCUGCUUUCCCCCAUCCCCUUCCCUGCUUCCCUCCAUCCCCUUCCCUGCUUCCCCCCAUCCCCUGCCCUGCUUCCCCCCAUCCCCCUCCCUGCUUCCCCCCAUCCCCUUCCCUGCUUCCCCCCUUCCCUUUCCCUGCUUCACCCCAUCCCCUCCCCUGCUUCCCCGCAUCCCGUCCCGUGCUUCCCCCCAUCCCCUUCCCUGCUUCCCCCCAUCCCCUUCCCUGCUUCACCCCAUCCCCUUCCCUGCUUCCCCCCAUCCCCCUCCCUGUUUCCCCCCAUCCCCUUCCCUUCUUCCCCCCAUCCCCUCCCCUGCUUCCUCCCAUCCCCUUCCCUGCUUCACCCCAUCCCCUCCCCUGCUUCCCCCCAUCCCGUCCCGUGCUUCCCCCCAUCCCCUUCCCUGCUUCCCCCCAUCCCCUUCCCUGCUUCACCCCAUCCCCUUCCCUGCUUCCCCCCAUCCCCUUCCCUGCUUCCCCCCAUCCCCUUCCCUCCUUCCCCCCCUGCUGCCUCCCAUCACUCUCAUUCUCCUUCCUCCCGCACUCACACCUCUCAGUCCUCUUGCACUCUCUCUCUCCGUCCUCUCGCACUCGCACUCUCCUCACCACCACCCUCAGCCCUCCUUCCCCUCACACCCACCCAUGUUCCCACCUGCCCUCCCCAUCCCUGCCUUUCCCUCCCUGCCCUGCCCUUCCCUUCUCCAUCCCUUCUCAAGCCUUCCCUUUCAUGUCAUGCCCUCACCUUCCCCCUCAUCUUCCGCCCUCCAUGGUCAAGCAGAGGAGCAAGAGCAUAGGGCGCAGAGCAUUGGGCGCAGAGCAUGGGGCGCAGAGCAUGGGGCGCAGAGCAUAGGGCGCAGAGCAUUGGGCGCAGAGCAUAGGGCGCAGAGCAUGGGGCGCAGUGCAUAG